CGGGAAACUCAAAACUAUUUCUUUUUUAAUGAGUUUUGGAAUGUAGCUAGACCUAGUAAUAGGUUAGAUUUUUUGGGGAAUGUGAUUUCUUGUAUGUGUCUUGUAUGUAUUGUAUUAAUUGUAUGCAUGGAUAUGUCAUGUAAGUCAUUAUUAAUAUUAUCCUGAUAAUGAAUGGUUCGUUUAGAAGUAGAUUAUUGGAACCAUGGGGAAGGUGUACUCGACACUUACACGACCCAUUCGUAACCUUAAUAUUGAGACUCGCGCAGAAAGAAUUAUUUCCCGAGAAAAACCGAUACCCGCGCCUCAAUAUGGAGCCAUAGAGAAACAAAAAAAACUUAUGGAUUCAGUAAAUCCACAUUUCCUAGAGGAGCAUUAUCAGAAAAAUAUACAAUUGGAUCAACGACUGAAAGAUGUUUUUGUUAGGUCGACAGACUUGCAAGAAAUAAAGGGAGUGAAGGAAUCUAAGUCUUUACCUCAGAACAGACAAAGUUUUUAUGAUGAUUUUUUAUUUGAGUCUUGUGAAUAUAUACCUGUAGGAAAGUGCUCAUUAAAACAGGUUUUCAUGUUUCUUUUGCAACAUAAACGUGACCCUAUAACAUAUAGCAGUGAAAAUAUAGCUUCUGAAUAUAAACUGAAUAAAAAAGUAGUAGAUGAUAUAUUGAAACACUUUAAACUUUAUAUAAUUGUAACUCCGAAGGAUAUGACAGAAAAAUUAGAAGAUCCAUUUCAAGAAAUGUUGGAUAAACUUGAAAUGAAAAAGAAGGAUAAAGAAAAGAAACAGUAGUAUAAACAUGUAUAUAGAAAAAUAAUUUAUUAAAGAUUAUUUCUAUAUUUUUCUUGACUAAAUAUAAUUAUUUGAUAGCCUAUAUCGACUUUUGGAAACGAUGUAUAUUUUAUGAAAUUGCAAAAAGUUUCGCAUGUUAGACUAUUCGGCAAGUAAUGUGAUCGAUAAGGUUUCCUAAUUCACCCUCAUAAUAUCAUCCAGUAAAAUGCUCUCAUUUUUAAAUUCUUUUUUAACUCUGCGCCGACUUCCUUUCGUAUGCGUUUAUUGUAAUUGUUCAGCCAACGCCGCUACGUAAUGUAGAUUUGUUAGCAUUGCAAAUAAUAACUCAAUGAUUAUAAUUAAUAUCUGCAAUAAAGAUUGAUAUGUUAUUCUAAUGAAUCUCUCAAUAAAUAAAUCGUAAAAGCACAA